UGUAGUGUAAUGUAUAUGGUGGCGAGUGUGGGCCAGCGACCACGUGAUGCGGAAGCAGUGUCGAGCUUCUUUUGUUCACAUCAAUCAAAGCGGACACGGACGGAGAGCUGCUGAAUCAGGAAAUAGCUGCUGUUUUGACUGAAAAUGCCACGCAAGAAGGUGACUGACGUCUCGGGAAACGGAUCCCUGAAGAAGAAGAAAGCCAGUGGCAAACGGAAAGAGCGAGACUUUAGCAGUGACGACGAGUUUGACUAUGAACAGGAGAACAACAAAAAGCCCGGGAAGCCUUCCAUCAAAUCUACUCUGCAACCCGUCACUGUGGCAGAUGAUGUGAAAGAGAAAAUUAAACUUGAAUGUCCAAAGCUUAAAGGUCAACUAGUCAUAUUUGGAGCAACUAACUGGGAUUUGAUUGGAAGAAAAGAGGUGCCCAAACAACAAGCUGCUUUCCGCAACCUGGGCCAGAAUUUGUGGAGUCCGCACCGCUACGGCUGUUUAAAUGACGUCCUGGUUAGCUGCGUGAUUUCUGGCCCUUGUGCUGCUCACAGCCUUCUCAUCACCACUGAAGGCAAACUGUGGAGCUGGGGCCGCAAUGAUAAAGGGCAACUGGGCCACGGAGACACCAAACGUUUGGAUGCUCCCAAGCUGAUUGAAGGCCUGGCGGAUGUUGUGGUUGUCGCUGCAGCCUGCGGGCGUAAUCACACCUUGGCACUCACAGAGGAUGGCAUUGCGCACUCCUUUGGUGAAAACAAGUUGGGUCAGCUUGGCCAAGGCAGCCAGACGGACGCCGUCCUCAGCCCAGCUCCUAUUUCCUACAAUGGCCAGCCCUUGGUGAAGGUGUCGUGCGGGGCCGAGUUCAGCAUGGUGGUGGACUGCAAAGGGAACCUUUAUUCUUUUGGCUGCCCUGAGUAUGGACAGCUCGGACACAACAGCGAUGGCAAGUUCAUAGCUCGUGCGCAGCGCAUCGAGUUUGACUGCGAACUCAUCCCCCGCCGCGUCGCCAUCUUCAUCGAGAAGUCCAAAGACGGCCAGGUCACGCCCGUGCCCAACGUGGUGGUCCGGGACGUGGCCUGCGGAGCCAACCACACGUUGGUGUUGGACUCUCAGAAGCGAGUAUUCAGCUGGGGCUUCGGAGGUUACGGGCGUCUGGGACACACCGAGCAGAAGGACGAGCUGGUUCCUCGCCUGGUGAAACUCUUCGACUUCCCCGGUCGAGGGGCCAGUCACAUCCAUACAGGCUACCAGUGCUCCUUCGCCAUCAGCGAGAGCGGGAGUCUCUUCUUCUGGGGGGUGACCAACACUUCCAGGGAGUCGACGAUGUACCCCAAAGCCGUGCAGGAUCUCUGUGGCUGGGAAAUCCGCAGUCUGGCCUGCGGCAAGAGCAGCAUCAUCAUCGCUGCAAACGAGAGCACCAUCAGCUGGGGUCCUUCACCCACUUUUGGAGAGUUGGGCUAUGGAGACAACAAACCGAAAUCCUCCACCACCCCCCAGGAAGUCAAGACCCUGGAUGGCAUUUAUAUCGAACAGGUGGUGAUGGGUUACGCUCACUCCAUGAUCAUCGCCAGGCAGGACACGCCGGCCGAGCAGGAGAGACUGCAAAAGCUGCCAGAGUACAACCCCCGAACAAUCUGACGAGUCUUAGUGCAAGAGGGGCCCCAAGUGGCCAGGAAGACGCGUCCGCUUUGCACACGUCUCCUCUUCACGGGGGGCUCAGUCCCAACAAUUUGGACACUACGAUCACAACGAACUAUCGAGACCAUGUCACUUGUCAAGUGAAACCUUGUUUACGUCAAGCACUUCUGCCUCUUCCUUCCCAAGACGUGCUUCCUUUCCACUUUUGUUACACGCUCAUUUGUUUAAUUGUCUGGUGUGUUGCAGUAUUUUGAGAAAUAUUUGUCAGAUUUACGGGUGCUUCAGCAUGACCCCUCUCGUCUGCAGGGACAGAUGCUCCAUAUGAGUGCCUACGUUUUCCAUGGCCCUGUUAUGGAAGUUGUCUUGUACGUUUUCUUGUUCUCAGCUUUGUUACAUUCCUUUUGUUAUUCUUCACAAGAUCAAUGUUGGGACUAUUGUUUUUACUCAUUUCAUUUGGGGCCAAUGCUGCACUGUCAGAAGUAUUUGAGCUGGGGGAGGUAGUUUUUUUUUUUUUUUUAAAUCAGCGAAGGUGUUUUUCUCACACCUUUGAUCUUAAUAGUGUGUGUUGUUCUGGUUACACUUUCAUUCCAAUUAAAAAAAAUGGCCUGAA